CAUUCUGCUUACACAGUUGACUGUAAAGAAAUUAAUUGUGUUCAUAAACGAUUCCUAGUCCUAAUCUCACAUUGGCAUUUCUUAUCGCUGUGGUUUAUCGUCUCAUUACUGGAUUUACCUGUGAUUGGCUGAUUGUUUUCUGACUGGUCAUUUAGUUGUCUUCAUCACUGAGACACUACAAAUAAAGCAAUUGAGUUGCCAUCUGCUCUAGAUCAUACUGCUGCUUGUUGUUUGCUGUAUAGGCUACUAGUUGAUCAUAGUGCCCUUUAUUAUUAGUUAUCUAGUACCAUUUCAAAAUGUCUGAUGCUGUUGAUACCGCUGCUGCUGCAGUCGAAGACUUGAAGCAACAGAUUCCACAACCGGGAUCCACGAGCGAAUACGACAAGCUCAAGAAGGAAGCCGAAGGCUACGCUGACGGCGCUGUCAAGAAGGGCAAGGCUGUAGCUGAAGAGUUGAAGAAAGAGUUGGGUGAGUUGGAAGCUGAGGGUAAAUCGCUCUGGAACAAAUUUGUAGAAUCGGUCCAGGCAAGUGCUUCUAAGAUCCUGAAAGUUUUGGGUGAUGCUGGUGCUCAGGUGCAAUCCACCACCUGCACUGCUGUUACCGCCACCUCCAAGGAGCUUCAAAACCCUGUAGUGCUUGCCCAGGCAUUGGUUGGUGCCGGUGGUAUUUUUGGUGGUUACUUGUUGUACACGGAAAGACAUAGAAUCGACACCGACAACAAGGUUGUGCUUGGUCUCCAUGCUGCCAUCAUAACCGGUUUUAUUUUGGUAGACGGCUACUUGUUCAACCAGUACUACUCUAAGUACGACAAGAAGUAAUCCGCAGUGGUUUAUGAAUUGUUCGCUUUCUUUAUAUAUUACUAUUACCUUAUUAUUUAUUAGUUUCCACGACCCAUGAUCAUAGCUGGUGUUGGGCUUCACUAUUGCCUUAUAUACUACUCUAGCUGUUCUUUGGCAUGAAGUUUGGCCCAGUAUCAACCACUAUAUACUUUAUAGUGUUGGCUAUAUCAUAUGUACAUGCAAUAAAGGAUCCAAAUU